CUCGCAACCAAGUUGGCCUGAGAACACCGCACAAAAAUCUGCCUGCAAGAUUUACUACUACAUCUCACCAGUCUGAAUGAAGAUCCACCAACGAUCAUGUUACAAUAACCUCCGGGUAUGGAGGAGGCACUCUCACUGUAACCAACCAAGCCAACAAUGCCUCGGCUCUUUCUCCACGACGGCAUCGCAGCACCCGUACCGCCCGUUGGAAUCUCUCGAGGAUUUUGAGCUCGACCACUUUCGUCAGACAUACUUCAUCCCCGAGCACCCUAUCAUCCUCCCCCUCCGAUAUUUCCAAACUCUUCCUGCCUUCGAGAAAUGGUUCCGCGACUCGCCGUCCCGAUUAAACACCGCAUAUCUCAGUCAAUAUGGCGCGGAUGCUCUGGUUCCCUUGGAACUGACACAAGCUCCUGCCAGUACUAGUAUCCGAGCGAAUGGGCUUAGCUUUCGGCAGUUCCAUGCGCCUCUAAGCUUGUUCCUCGAAUGGAUAUCUACUGCGGAAUCUCUCGAAUCGCACACGAUGCGUUUGUACCUGGCGCAGUGCCAGCUCCUUGACUUGCCGCAGGUUCUUCGCGAUGAUCUCCCCACCCCAAACUUGGUUGCGCAGGUAGGAAAGGGAGAUGUUUACGAUACAAACAUUUGGAUUGGAUACCCGCCCACGUAUACCCCUCUUCACCGCGAUCCGAACCCGAAUCUGUUUGUCCAGCUGGCCGGACGGAAGGUGGUGCGAUUGCUACCACCCUCGGAAGGGCAAAGGGUGUUCGGCGCGGUGCGACGCCGAUUGGGGAAGAGCGCUGGCCGCGAGUCUGCUGCAAUUCGGGGCGAUGACAUGAUGCACGGCGAGGAGAGGGUGCUGCUUGAGCAGGCUGUCUGGGAUGAUGCAGCUACCGAAUCUACUGGUCCCAUCGGAUUCGAAGCGCACCUAGAGGCUGGAGACGGCAUGUUCAUACCUCGAGGAUGGUGGCAUAGCAUCAAGGGACUGGGGGACAGUGUGACUGCUUCGGUCAAUUGGUGGUUCAGGUAAUAAGUGCAGCCAAAUGCAGCCAAAGUUCGUAAUGUGUAAAAAAGUAGAAUCGAAUCAUAUGUUGCCCC